GGUCAACAACACCCAUGCACCCACUCUGCUGCAACCCUGUUUCAAUUUUUUUUUUAAACAACAAAACUACAACUCCCAGGAUGCCUCUUUUCCGCCUUAGCUCCCAGCUGCCCCCUUCCAGGUUUGGAACAGCGUUUCUCCGGCUGACCUGUGCUGUAAAGCCAUGUCCCAGACGCAGCUUUCUCCCAACAAAGCUGUUAUAGUCCCUGGGAAUGGGGCAGGCAAUGUGGAGAUAUCUAACUGGUAUGGAUGGGUACAGAAACAGCUAGAGAAGAUGCCUGGUUUCCAGUGUUUACUUCGAAAUAUGCCCGAUCCAAUUACUGCUCGAGAGAGCAUUUGGCUGCCAUUCAUGGAAUCGGAGCUCCAUUGUGACAAGCAGACUAUCAUUAUUGGACAUAGUUCUGGUGCAGCUGCUGCUAUGAGGUACUCAGAAACUCACCAGGUGUAUGCCAUUAUUUUAGUGUCGGCUUAUACUUCUGACUUGGGGGACAACAAUGAGAGAGCAAGUGGAUACUUUAACCGACCCUGGCAGUGGGAGAAGAUUAAGUCUAACUGCCGUCGUAUUGUGCAGUUUGGUUCCACAGACGAUCCUUUCCUUCCCUGGAGUGAGCAGCAGGAAGUGGCUGAUGGGCUUGCUGCAGAGCUACACAAAUACACAGACAGGGGUCAUUUUCAGAACACUCAAUUCCAAGAGCUAGUCAGUGUGGUCAAGGGAAUUUUGGAUGGGUCUGCCUGAAACAGGGUCCCCUUAUUCCAUAUCACCUUGCUUUCAGGGAUGGAGACUGUACAUAUUUUUGUAGCAGACAUGACCAAGAGCAAAGAUUUGCAGCCCUCUGGGAGACAAAUGUAACUGAAGGACCAUGCGUGGUAUAGCAAAGCUAUAACCUCUCUGCCAGCACUCCUGGCUGCCAUGCUAUCUGGUAACUGAGAAAAGCUGUUCAUUUAAGAAUGGAAAGUUCAAAGAAAUGUAAUGCAAAUAAAAUAAGAGUACAGCUAACCCUAUGAUCAGACCAGACCUUGGUCCAUACCUUGGCCUUGCUUCAAGGGAAUCUUUCUUUUAAUGCCAGUGGGUUUUGGGUCAGGAACUAAUAUACCAUAUCACGUCUUGUGGUCCCCAGUUCAGUUUUGCCAGGUGGCUCAUGGAGUAUGUACCUUCUUUUGUAGAGUCUGUUUGUUUUUACAUUGAUUCGAUUGCACAUUUCAACUCCCAUGAUGAUUGUUUACCAUCUGUAAAAAAAAUCAAAGCUUUUAAAUCUCAAGAUCCUGUGACUUUUGUUACACAAAGUACGGGUAAUUCAUUAUAAGAGAUGGUAUGUGUGUCUAUUCCAGCACCCAUGGUUCAAAACAUGAACCUAGUUUGAGAACACAAGACAAGACCAUUAGGACUUGUAUUCUGACAGACCAAAGAGCCUCACCCAGUAACACCAUAUAACAUUGUGCUUUAGAAGGAUAAUAUUCUGUAUUAUUCCUGUCAGCAUAACUCCUUAGUUUUAUUAUUUCAAAUAAGUAGUAACUAGUUGGUCUGAAAGUUAGCAAUGAAAUUAAGCAGAUGUAAUGCCAAUGGAGUUACAUCAAGUUGCAAAAUCUUAUCACUUCAUACCAGACACUGCUAAUAUUCAUAAUUAAAGCAGUCACUUAGACUUGUGAGCCAAUCAAGUAAAAAGGGCAUCAGACAAAAAUCUCAGUACUGCUUUGUACUUAAAUAGCUUCCUUUUUAAUAUGUUAUGCAAAGCUGUUAUAAUAUCAUCAUAAAAUAUCAUAGUCUAUAUAUUUCUUUUGCUUUGAAGAAGUAAAUUUCUCACUCAGCAUUUUGGAAAGAUCAGAAAAGAGUUUUAAUGAUGUUCUAAUUUUCAAGUCACAUCUAAUACACUGUAACUAAAUGUCUUAGAUGCACUUUUGCUUAACAGAUAUAUUUGUAUUAGGUUUCUUAGGUAAGCUGUAAACACAAAAGCCACUUUGUCAAAGAAGACCAUAAAACGCAAGGAGAAAGAAAACAGGACAGUUGCAAGCAACAUUCCAAGAUGGUGAAAGGAGAUAAGAACUCUUCCUUUCCAAAAAUGGUAACGUUCACAAAAAUAUAAAGCCCAUUUACUCUACCAUCUCCAAGGUUCUAGAAAAAAUUGAUUCAGUCCAGUUCCCAAAGUCUCAGGUGAAAAAAAUGUUUGUUUGAGUGAGCCGUGUAUAAAAAGGUGGGGUAUAAAUUAGAAGAAAAAUUGGACAAAAUAGUAAAUCACAAGAAGUCACUGCUUAUCUGUGUCCCAUCCUCCUCCUUGCCUCUUCUGAGUCUCUCCAGGUGGUUUUGGUAAGAAUCUACAUUGCACUGGGUCAGGUAGACAGACAUACUGGGAUAAGGGUAUACUUGUGAUUUCAAUUGUAAACAGUAAAAGGUUAAUCCAUA